AAACAGGCUCUGAGUAAGAAAGAGAAAAAACUGUUAAUAAUGGUCCAUAAAGAAUAAAAAGCAUUUGAAUGUACUGUAAUCAUGCAUUUUAUAUGCUUUUUUGUAUGUUUUGUGUUUUUUUUAAAUGAGAUUAUUAGCAGAUUCACUUGUCUAAGUGAAUUCAUGUGGUGUUUUAAAGAUGGCCGCUCCUCGGAGAAGUGAGAGCUGUCACUUCCUGAAUCAGACGACAUACGGCAUUGUUUAGCAUUGUGCUUAACAGCUUAAGCAUUUCAAACUGUUUCCAAACAAAACUGUAAUGAAUAAUUAUUAGUUACAAAUGAAUGGUUCAAGUAUACUUUAUAGGUUAUUGGAUUGAAAUUGAAAAUACAUGAGACUCUGGCCUGAGGUUGAUCCUAGACCUAGACUGUUUAAACCUUUCAAUUUUGUGAUGUAUUUUACUUAAAACUUUUUUUAACGAGUUAUGCACAGAGUAUAUAUGACUCUUUCUUUGACUAGUCUCUAAACUUGGCCAAAACUAGCACUUGUCUGAACUAGAACUUGUUUAGAGCACAACAAAGCUUUUGAGUGGUAAUGUUUACAACAUCCACAGACACCGUUUGGUGCAGGAGGUACAGGUUUAGUGUGACAAAUGAACCCUUUCAAUAAGGAUAUCAGCCAAUUCGACUUCUGAUUUAUUAAUUAUCUUACAUGCAUAGUCUUCUAUAUCGUUUAUAGGCAUAACUAAAUAGAAAAAAAAUUGCAGUAUACCAGAUAAGUCAAAGGGAAGUUAUAUUUACUAUUCUUUUAUCUCUUUUAAAAGAAAACAAAAAUCAAUUGAAAAAGUUAACUAACAAAAGAAUAAUAGUAGAGAAGACUGUUGCAGCUCUUAUAUUAAGAGCCUAAAAACGUCCAGCAAUCAAAGGGUUAAAAUUCACCCUCUCUGAUGCAUCAGUCAAUAGCAGCCUGUCACAUUUAGUCACUGUCUGAGGGUUUGUAAUGAAACAUCCAAAAUGUAAAUUACUGCCCCCUCUGGAAGGAUCAGGAAAAACACAUGUGACUUCAGCAGGGGGUCCAUGGCAAAAGAUACACUACUGUUUAUGUCACUUGAGAUGUAUGCUUAAAUGUCUGACAUUAGUCUUUUAUAUCAUCGUGUAUAACACUUCUUUUAUUUUACAAAUUUUAUUUAAUACAAUUGUUUUUUAAAUGAAGGAAUGAUGAUGGAGAAAAGUCAAUAAGAGGUUGGAAUAGAUGUAAACUCCUCUACUUACUCCUAGUCCGUACUCUUACACUUCAUCACUGUUUAAAAAGCGACUUGAUAGAAUUCUACGAAUUCUACACAAAGGGUGUCUUCACUCAAGAUGACCAAAUAUAACAUAGUUUUCUUUUCUUUUAUUGUUUUAAGUCUCAACAUAGUCUUAAUUUCAAUAGUUAAAUUUGUCUCAUUCCAUGGUUUUGACAAGUUUAUUUUUAAUAAAUAGUUAGUUCUAUAGUUAGUAGACGUUUACAUAGACCAUAAUGCCCUUCUACUGUUUCAUAAAUUGGUCUCGGUACAUUCAAACCUGUAUGAUUUUCUUAUAUCCAAAACACUAAAGAAGAUAGUCUGAAGAAUGUUGGUAACCAAAAACUGUUGGUCCCCAUUGACAUGCACUGGUUUUGUGUCCUUACAAUAAAAGUUAAUGGGGACCAACAGUUUUGGUUAACACCAUUCUUUUGUGCUUUGCAGAACAAGGUCAUACAGGUUUUAAAUGAAAAGAAGUUAAGUAAAAGAUGGCAGAGUUUUUCUUUUAAAGUAAGCUACUCCUUUAACGAAUUUGACCUGAAAGGGUAGCUGAAUAUCUGUUACAGGCUUCAGAAAAGGUGAUGAAGAGAGAAAAAAAGAGAUGAGAUCUUAAGAUACUAUUAGAUCACUGCAUAGAUAUUGUGAAAUAUUGUACCUUCCCUAAAUGUCCUUUAAAGUUUCAACAAUUAUUAACCUUUAUGUUUUACCGGCAUACCACUUGGUGGUUAAACAGCUAACCCAAUAAUAUUCACGUGAAACCUAAGUCAUAUUCUCCAAUGAGUCAUGACCUUAAUAGACAUUUCCAUCUGGUCUAAAAUCAGAGCACAGCACCAUGGAUUUAUUAUUUUAUAUUUGUUUAUUUAUUGGCCUCACCAAAAAUGUCAUAGAUGACAGCUAUUGAACAACACAUUACAUAUGCGUAAGCAUACCAAAGCAUUACUGAUUUGCAUAUAUAUUUUUUUUCAACUCUUUCCAAAUGACGCUUUCAAGACUGUCACAAGUCAUUUAGACAAAACCUCUUUUCCUGAUUGUCUUGGAACAACAAUUGUUCCAUUCAUUGCAGAACGUAAUAAAAACACCUAUAGAUUAUCCUUAUUAUUGAGCCCUGAAUAAGCUUUAACUUGUGGUACUUUCUAAAUUUGACUGAACUUUAUUUCUCUGUUCUACCGGGGAAUUGCAAAGAAAAGUAGAGAUCUCCAUUUGGGCUAUUAAUCUUCCAUUGCAAUGUAAAAGUAAAUUUUUCAAUUUUAUGUCGUUAGAAUUACACGUGAGGUACAUGUAUAUGUUAGUUAUGAUGAUGUGUAACAGCACAAAAAAUGACCGUUUACUUUGCAAACAGAAUCUAGAAGGGUUGUCUAACAUCACAUCUGUUAUGAACGACUGUGUUCAAACGACAGCUGACGCGAACAGCUGUCGACAGCCUCUCCUAUCAGUUUUACAUCUGUUCAUCUAUUUUUUGUAGAUCAGCUGUAUUUUGCACACUUAAUUCACCUAAAAUCUAAAUUCUUAUGAGGUGUAAAUAAUGAGAGUAUUCUGGUGUUGGGGUAAACAUCCUGUUACCAAAAAAGCCACAACAGAAAAUAGUCUACAUUGUUUAUGCAUUGCACCUCAUUUAAGAAACGGGAAUGCAGUUGUAAUUAUAUACUGUAAAUAGUUUAAAUAACAUAUGACGUGAACAGUAGUAAGAGGCCUCUCCUACACAUUUUUCCUUUUGUUUAUGGUUCACUAGAAGCCUAUUGUUCUUACUUGACCAGAAAGGCCAGAACAGGAAAUACCUGCGAACAUUUUUCUUACACAUUCAUAAACCACGAUCAGAAUUUUAAUAGGUGAAACUAGUUCAUAAAUGUAUUUGUCAAUUACGACAUUAACACCCAAUUGUUGCAUUCAAAUGUUUUCUGCCUCUGUUUUGUGCUUUUCUUCACGUUUUUAGAUUCAGACAAUAAAAUUAAAAUACUGAAUUGCUUAAUCUUUUUUUAACCCAGACAUACUAAAUGUAUUUUAAAUCGCUCAUCGGCUCCAUUAUUAAUCAUACUCGCCUCUAUGGGACAACCAUUUGCUGAACUUGGCAAACAGCAUUGCAACCAUUUUCCGCGCAGGGCGUGUGUUCACCAGAGACUGCGGAAAGGCUGCAUGUGUGUUUUUUCCCCUCCUAAGCCAAUGAGCAUUGCUUUGGCAUGAGUCACUCCCUCAUCCUGCCUCUAUAUGACAGAGAGGGAGGGGCUGUUUCUCAGAUCGGACAGUGAAAUGGUGGCUACUGCUUCAAAACAGCAGCUGUACCAUUAGGAAGAAAACAACUACAGACACAUUACAGAAUCGCACAGGACCGAAAGAGCAACUUUCAGACCUACCGAUGGCAAAAAAUCAGGAGAUCAGAGUGACCGCGGCCAAAGUGUUGGGCUAUGUGGAGAAGGUCUCCUCCUUUGCCUCCUCUAUAGAUCCUCUCUUCGGGAUUGUGACUUCUGUAGUUGGAGUGGUUAGGAGAGGCCUGGUGGAGGAGGAGGACCAUGAGCUGGCCAAGGACUUUAAGCAGAUCCACCAAAAGCUGGAAACCAUCUCGGAGAAGAACAAGCAAACCCUUCGAAAGAUCCACAUCCAUGAAAUCAACGAAACUUUCGGUAAAUAUGAGGAGUUCAUCAAGCAUCAGUACGGAGCCUUUAAUACCAUGGUGGAGAAGGUAAAGCAGGACCCAGACAACACCAAGCGUCACAUGGAUGACUUUGUGAAGAUCUACGAGAGGGACAAAAGCGACAUGAGCUUGGACGUGUUUUAUCGUGGAGUGAUGGGUACCGGGGCUCUGUUUGGGAGGCAGAUGCUGAAGGUCUACCUGGAUGAAUGCAAUAGGAACAGAAGCGUGAUGGAGGCCAGGUGCUCGCACAUGGCUCACCUGUUCCACAUCGGUCUUAUAGCACUGAUGGCCUACACCUCGGUCACAGAAGAUGACGAGGAUGAACUGAGAGACAAAUGGGGCAAAAGGGUCAUUGAUAUUCAAACCAAGAUGCAGGAAGUUCUGGACCAAUGUGAACAGUAGAACUGAUGGUGGGAUGAUGCACUGAAAGAUUGCUCAGACAAAUCCAUUUUAUGCUAAACUGUCGAAUGUCAUGAGCAGGAUUGAAUCUAGAAAAAUGUAAAAUGGUUGACUCUUCCUCAGCUGUUCAUGAAAGAUACUUUAUGUACGUGUAAUGCAAUCUCUUAAUAUAUAUGAACCAAAGCCUUUUUUAAAGCAUGAUGCGAGUCAUUUUAGUGUGACUGAGUAAAAUGCAAAGAAUCAACAUGUUUAAAUCUUUAAGUUGCAUAUCGUGAGCAGUUAUUAACAGAAUUGAGUGUAUUGUUUUGUGGACCAUCUUUGACUUGUGUGCUCAAUAAAUGGUUAUAUUUUUCUCUCAA